AGUAAUAGUUCGCAAUGAGGAGUCGAGUGAGCGUUGUAAAAUGGCCGCUACGGAGCGUACUGGUGCGGCAGCUAUCGACAUCGGCGAUGCGGUGUCAGACAUCCGACGGUGGAUUAGAAAUCGGUUCAAAACCAGUAAAAUCUUGUCCAGUACAAGGUUCUCGUGCAAGAUCGACCCAUGCAGCUAUAGACACGUCACUAUUUGACAUUUCUCCAUCUGUCAAAUCUUGGGACCAAGUGCCUGGACCUAGACCUCUUCCGUUCCUGGGCAACACUUGGAGGUUCACUCCUUAUAUCGGUGGUUAUUCCGUUGAACAUAUUGACAAAGUAUGUCUAUCACUGCGAGCCGACUUCGGUGACUGUGUGAAGGUGACUGGUCUGCUGGGCAGACCUGAUAUGCUGUUUGUCUUCGACGCUGGCGAAGUGGAAAGGGUGUUCAGAGGCGAAGAUGCUGCUCCCCACAGACCUUCGAUGCCGUCCUUAAACUAUUACAAGCACACCCUAAGGAAAGACUUCUUUGGUGCUGAAGAGAACUGCGCUGGUGUUAUUGCAGUGCACGGCGAGUCCUGGUCAGCAUUUAGAACGAAAGUAUCUCGAGUGGCUCUCAGCACUGGUGCUGCCGCACAGUACACGGUGCCUGUCGCAGAAGUUGCUGAUGCUUUUGUUCAAAGGGUGAGAGAUAUCCGGGACAAAAACUCGGAAACACCAGGAGACUUUUUGAAUGAAGUACACAAAUGGUCACUGGAGUCUCUAGGAUUGAUAGCAUUAGACACUCGUUUGAAUUGUUUCGACGCUCCCGAGGAUUCAGAAAGCAUGCGGUUGAUCCAUGCGGUCCAGACUUUCUUCCUGAGUGUCGGGGAACUGGAACUGCGCGCCCCCUGGUGGCGGCUCUACCCAACUAAGAUGUUCAGGCAGUAUGUUGCUGCCUUGGACACUAUCCUUAGCGUAACUCUCAGACAUGUGGAGAAGGCGCUAAAGGAGUGUGAGGCUAACAACGCGAGCAAAUCUCUGCUUCAGGACCUGGUGACUGCUGCAGGACCCAGAGUGGCUGCCGUAGCUGCUUUGGACCUAUUCCUAGUGGGAAUUGAUACGACGUCGAAUGCAGUAGCUUCAACAUUGUACCAGUUAUCUCUAAGACCGAAUGUACAAGAGCGACUUUAUGAAGAAAUCAACAAAGUAUUACAAGACAGACCAAUGAAGCCGGGAGAUGUCAAUCAAAUGCCAUAUUUAAAGGCAUGUGUUAAAGAAGUUAUGAGAAUGUAUCCAGUUGUUAUUGGCAACGGUCGUCAACUCACCAAAGAUACUGUUAUUUGUGGCUACAACAUCCCUAAAGGAACUCAAGUCAUAUUCCAACACUACGUAAUGGGCAACAGUGACGAUUACUUCUCCGAGGCAUCAGAGUUUAGGCCCGAGAGAUGGAUGAGCAGGUCUCCGUCGCAGAAGCAUCAUGCCUUUGCUUCCUUACCCUUCGGCUACGGAAAGAGAAUGUGUUUAGGAAGGAGGUUUGCUGAACUGGAAAUACAUACUGUUAUUUGCAAGAUGGUGCAAGCCUUCAAAAUGGAAUACCACCACGAACCAAUGGAUUAUCACAUCCAUCCAAUGUACACGCCCAACGGACCAAUACGAUUGAAGAUGAUGGAUCGAUAGCUGAACAACUUGCUCUUAAAGCAAAAAAGUAUUGUAAGACUAGGAUCGAUGAGAAAUAUUGAAAUAUUUAAUUCUUCUCUUUUUUUUGGGAAGUUUGUACGAAAUGGUUUUGAAAUUUAAAAUAAUGAUGUCAAAUUCUUUUAUACAUUGAUCUCCAGUCAGCGCAUUGGGGUGAGUUUGCGAUUGAUUGUGUCGCCCUAUCACAAAUGAUUUUGUAAAUAUGUAUGUACAUUAUUGAUAUGAAUAAAGUUUUGUGGUUCGAAGUUCUAAUAUUGGAGCGUAUAAUGAUGGACAUUAUCGUUAUAUUAUUGUUCUU